UUCCAUGUCGGAGUCAUGAAUGGGAAUCUUACCAUGUGAUAAAACAAUGAUUUUGUGUAAUAAUUGACGUUUCAAAUAACAUCUAAUGACGUCUUUAGGAAAUUAAAGUUCAUUUUGGAAUAACUAACUUAUAAAAUGUCACAAACGAAGCGAGCAUGGAAACUACAAGAGUUUGUGGCUCACAGUGCCAAUAUCCAGUGUUUGGCAAUGGGUCACAAGUCUGGCAGGGUCAUGGUCACUGGUGGAGAAGACCGGAAGGUCAACCUGUGGGCCCUUGGCAAACCACAUUGCAUCAUGAGCCUGACUGGACACACCACGUCUGUGGAGGCGGUUAGGUUUGGACACGAGGAGGAGAUGGUGGUGGCAGGCUCCUUGUCAGGGGCACUCAAAGUGUGGGACCUUGAACAAGCCAAAAUAAUGCGGACACUGACUGGACACAAGUCGGGCAUCUCCAGCCUGGACUUCCACCCGUAUGGAGACUACACCGCUUCAGGAUCCUUGGACAGCAACAUCAAGUUAUGGGAUAUAAGAAGGAAAGGAUGUAUUUACACUUAUACGGGUCACUCCGACAAGGUGAACUGUCUCCGCUUCAGUCCGGAUGGCAAGUGGAUUGCAUCAGCAGGGCAGGAUGGCUUGAUCAAGAUCUGGGACCUGACGGCCGGCAAGCAGCUGAUGGAUCUGAAGCAGCACAAGGGGGCCGUCAACACUGUAGAAUUCCACCCCAAUGAACUCCUCCUGGCCUCGGGCAGUGCAGACAGGACAAUCAAGUUCUGGGACUUAGAAUCAUUCCAGGUCGUCAGCUCCACCGAUCCAGAAGCUACACCCAUCAAGAGCCUGCUGUUCCACCCUGAUGGUCUGUGUGUAUACAGUGGAUGUAAGGACAUGUUGAAGGCAUACAGCUGGGAGCCAGCCACAUGUUACGACUCUGUGCCUAUAGCCUGGGGAGAUGUCGCAGAAAUAACCAUGGGACAAGAUCAGUUGAUAGGAUCUUCAUUUGCUCAAACCAACGUCAGCAGUUUUGUAAUAGAUUUAAAGAGAGUUCAGCCAGUCGGUGGCUCCUCCGAGAAGGGAAGUGGGUUGUCCAGUGGUCGUAAGAGUUUCAUAACAGAGCGUCCGCCAACAGCAUCAUCAAGAAACUCCAGUGUACCUAAGGAAGAUGCUAGUCAAAAGAAUGAUGACCCUGGCAGGGGCGACGGCGACGACAGCCAGUCUGCCACCGACAUCCAGAACCAGGAGGACUACCGAGAACACUUCCAGUCCAAUGCCAGACUCGUCUCUCCAGUCAAACAUAACUGGCAGUUUAGAAAGAAAUCGACUGAACCUCAGUUCAAACUUUCUUGGCAGUUAGCCAAGAAAUCUCCUGCUUUCUCUCCACCCAAAAGAAUGGAGCCUUUCCAGCCCCCGCCUGAUGACUUCGCUGAGCCAGAGAGAACAUCAGAUAGACGAUCAAAUACAUCUGCUGAUAGAAAGACACACAAAGUAGUACAUUCCCCACCCAGAAAAGCUGAACGAGACCCUCCAAGGAGAGUUGAAAGGUCACCACCUCAAGAUCCUCCACCAAGAGAUCCGCCACCACGGAGAAUUGAGAGGUCACCUCCUCGGGACUCGCCCCGGAGAAUCGAGAGAUCACCACCCCGAGAAGCCCCACGGGCAAGAGACCCUUCCCCUCCCAGGAGGAAGGAGCCCUCACCCCCACGUCGAGAGCAAGCUACCAGGAACAUCUCCUCCGCCCACAACAAGGGUUCUGGGAUAGCUGCAGAGGACUUCCUCUCUAAAGCCGACUAUGACAGGGGAGGUAACUCCAGCAACAUGUCUGAGUCCGAGGUGCUGUCUUCAAUCCAGAAGGGCCAUGACGCCAUGAUGAAGGUCAUGACAAGUCGGGGGCGGAAUCUGCAGAUAGUCCGCGCCAUGUGGACAUCAGGAAAUACCAAGACUGCCAUAGACUCUGCUCUGAGUAUGAAAGAUCCAGCAGUGAUGAUUGACAUCCUCAAUGUUCUCAACACCAAGACGUCUCUGUGGAACCUGGAUCUCUGUUCCACCCUUCUGCCUCAUCUCAAAGAUAUGCUCAACAGCAAAUAUGAAAGCUAUGUACUUACUACUGCUACGUCUAUCAAACUGAUCCUGCGGAACAUGGGCCCCGUGAUAAAGGCCAACAUGACAGCGCCCCCUAGUAUAGGUGUCGACAUAUCUAGGGAAGAGAGGCACCAGAAGUGUCACACCUGCUACAUGUCGCUGAUGGACAUCCGUCUGCUGCUGGAGAAGAGGCAGGGACUGGCUGGGAAGCUCGGCAGCACCUUCAAGGAGGUGAUGCUGCUCAUGGGAACCCUGGACUGAUCACCUGCAGCAACAUGUUGACCAGUGGGCUGGAAGACAAGGGAGGGAGGGCAGGUGUCAUCAGCUUUGCUAAACUGUCUGAAGAUUAACACGAUUGUGUCCACUGCUGAUCUGGACAGUGUUUGUGGCUUAACUAGAGCGUGUCUGCAGCUGGUAUGCCUGAACAUUAACAGGAUAAUGUCGGAGUCAAUCAUGGCUGAUUGGCACAAAAUACUACAAAGAUAUACAUUUACGACAAGUCUGUUUUCCUGAAUUCAUAUAAUUGUCAAGAUCUGUGUGUGUGAAAUGCAUUUGAAUAAUGUGGGACAUAGGAGAGACUGGAUCGUCCAUGGACCCAUGGCUACAAGAUGUCUACAGUGUAGGGCUCAGUGGGGUUUAUUGGUCCAUGGCAGAAAUAUGUCCACUACAUCCGGCAGGAUCAGUGGUUUGGGGGUCAGUGGAUCCAUGGCCACAAGAUGUCCGCUACAUCAGGCAGGAUCAGUGGUUUGGGAGUCAGUGGAUCCAUGGCCACAAGAUGUCAGCUACAUCAGGCAGGAUCAGUGGUUUGGGAGUCAAUGGAUCCAUGGCCACAAGAUGUCAGCUACAUCAGGCAGGAUCAGUGGUUUGGGGGUCAAUGGAUCCAUGGCCACAAGAUGUCAGCUACAUCAGGCAGGAUCAGUGGUUUGGGGGUCAAUGGAUCCAUGGCCACAAGAUGUCAGCUACAUCAGGCAGGAUCAGUGGUUUGGGGGUCAAUGGAUCCAUGGCCACAAGAUGUCAGGAUCAGUAGGGUUGAAGUUUGAUGGAUCCAUGGAAACAUGAUGUCCAUUACAUCAGGAUCAGUUGUCGAAGGUUCUGUGACCACUACAACAGGAUCAAUGGGUUACUGGUCCAUGGAUCUGUGGCCACAAGAUGUCACUACAUCAGGAUCAGUGGGGUUGACUCUCCUACCCACUGGUUCUAAUGUACCUCGUGUGCAUUUUUCUGAUGUACCUCGUGUGUACUGUAAUGAGUUUGGUAUUUAUUGCAGAGAUUUAUUCGAGUGUUGAUUCCUGAACCUUGCACCUGAAGGAAGUAAGAAUUCAGAUAAAAAGUUCAAGAAACAAUGUAUAAAACCUCACAAGCAAUAUAUGUACUUGAGAUAUGAUACAUCUGUGUUGUACUCUAUUGGUGCAGACUGAACACUGCUGUCCAGUUUCGUGCAUCAGUGCUGUGUGUCACUUUGAAUCAGUGUUGCCAGAUGAUUCCAUACCACAAUAGAUGCCUAGUGUUCCUGUCGGUGUUCCAGAUGAACACCAGAGUCUCCAGUCCUGGUCUGUGACUGUGACUGAAGCAAUGGAGGGAGACAGUCAUGUGUCCAGCCAGUCACGUGUCCAGCCAGUCAUGUGUCCAGGUGUUCUGAGUGCCCUGACUCUCGUCCAUCAUCCAGUGCUCAUGUGGCCCAGCAUAUUUUGACCUUCCUUCCAACAACCUUACACCCUUCAAAACCAUUCAUGGACUGAACAUUACACAGAAUGGAACGUCCUACUUUCUACAUUGAGGGCUGGCUGGUAGCAAUGGAUAAUUGAUGAAAAUGGCAAAGUCAUUUUGCUUGUGAAAUGAGGUUCUGAAAUUAUUUUCACAAACAUGACAUUAUUAUUUGUAUAAAGAGAAGUACGAUGUGAGCUAAUGGUUGCAGAUGUCAUGAAGUACAUAACACGCUUUUGUUUGGAGUGAAUCAAAUAAGUGCUUCAGUGUUCAGUGUUUGAGUGUUGAUGGAAGUGUAGCCUGUAAUUCUCCGUCUCCUGUGUGUAUAUACUGAUUGACUGUUUCAUGAAUGUUAGCUUGGUGACCCAGUUGGGUUCAUAUAACACGGAUGUACAGAGUAGAACAUGGCUAUGAUCACUGAUGUAGCUCUCCAAACUCUCUAACAGGAAUUUCAGAAGUCUUGACUCCAUUACUAUCACCAUGGUAAAUGCAGCACGUUAAGUGAUGCAGUAAGUGUACCUAAGCAUCUAUGUAUUAUUUGCAAUAAUGAAGUUGUCAGUCACAGUUCGUGGAUC